UUCCUUGUCUCUCCAAAUAGAAGCCCUAGAAAUCUACAGAGAAAACGCCUGCUUUUUCUCACUGAACCGUCCCUUUCCCGAGGAAAAUUUCGCAAUUUCCCUGAGAAAUUCGGAAAUUAGUCAAAACGCCGCAUUCCUUGGGCAUGGAGAAGGUUCUAAGUGAGACCUCCAAGCCCUCCUCCUCGGACUGCAGUAUCACUACCACCUCGAUGUCGGUUACCGAGAGCGUUAAUGGGUCGCAUCAGUUCAAGAUCAACGGAUACUCCCUCUCGAAGGGGAUCGGGAUUGGGAAGUACAUAGCUUCUGAGACAUUCAUGGUGGGUGGGUACGGGUGGGCGAUUUACUUUUAUCCUGAUGGAAAGAGCGUAGAGGAUAAUGCGGCCUAUGUUUCCCUGUUCAUCGCAUUGGCAAACGAGGGGACCGACGUCAGGGCAUUGUUCGAGCUCACUCUCUUUGAUCAGAGCGGCAGGGGGAGACAUAAGGUUCAUAGCCAUUUCGGUAGGACGCUCGAGAGUGGACCGUACACUCUUAAGUAUCGCGGUAGCAUGUGGGGAUAUAAAAAGUUUUUCAAAAGAAAUGUGCUGGAGCAAUCAGACUACCUCAAAGAUGAUUGCCUCUCUAUUCAAUGUAGUGUUGGUGUUGUUAAGUCAAAUACAGAGGGUCCCAAGGCCUACUCUAUAGAAGUUCCACCUUCAAACCUUGGACAACAAUUUGGACAACUACUGGCAAGUGGAAAGAGAUCUGAUGUGAGUUUUGAAGUUGAUGGUGAAAUAUUUCCUGCUCACAAGUUGAUACUUGCUACUCGUUCACCUGUGUUUAAGGCACAACUUUAUGGCCCACUGAAGGAGCAAAAUACUCAGAAAAUAAAAGUUGAAGACAUCGAAGCUUCUGUGUUUAAGGCUUUACUUCACUUCAUUUAUUGGGAUUCUCUACCCGAUAUGCAAGAGCUUACGGGUAUCGAUUCGAAGUGGGCCUCUACUUUGAUGUCUCAACAUCUGCUUGCAGCAGCUGAUAGGUAUGGUUUAGACAGGCUCAGAUUGAUUUGUGAGGCCAAUCUUUGUGAGAAUGUUGCCAUUAACAAUGUGGCAACCACCUUAGCCUUGGCAGAGCAGCACCGUUGUACUCAGCUGAAAGCUGUUUGUCUCAAGUUUGUGGCAAUGCCUGAAAAUUUGAAAGCUGUAAUGCAAACUGAUGGUUUUGAGUACCUGAGGCAAAGUUGUCCCUCGGUCUUGUCUGAGCUCUUGCAGUACGUUGCUAAAACUGACGAUCCUGCAACCCUAACUAAACAUGGGACUGAGGCGAUCCUCGACGGAAGUGAUGCUAAUGGGCGGAGGGUGAGGCAAAGGCUAUAAUGAAGGCAGUUUCCAUCAAAUGUCCUUUGCAGUAAUAAAAAGAAAAGGGGGAUUAUUUCUAGGAUUAGGAACAAUUUUCCUGCUUUCGACUUUACAAGAAAGAUGUAAAGGUAGCUGUCAUCUGUUGUCUGUUCCUUGUUUCUCGAACAUUUGUCCAUUGUUUGUUUGUCAUUUCAUGUUUCCAUCUGUAGUCUGCAGGCAUUCGAAUUUGUUUGCCGUUUUCUUUUAAUAAUCCUGUCAAAGACAGGUCAGACUUACAAACAAUGUUGGAAAAAUAAUUCAUUAAAAUCUCU